GGCUAUCCUUAAACUCACUAUGUAUCCCAAGCUGGACUUUAGCUCAGCGUGAUCUUCCUGCCCCAGCUUCUGCAGUGCUGGGAUUGCAGACGUGCAGUGCACCACUGUGCCAAAUGGAACUCUGGACUCUCAAAGUGAGUAGACUGGGGUUCACACUCUGUCUGCCAGGGCAGCAGAUCUCUGUGUCAUCACACGCACGUCCCGUCAGCCCUCGGAACCUCAGGGCUUUUGCCUGUUAAGUCUGCGUGACAACUUCACAGAGCUGUUGAGGAGCUGGAAUGAGAUCACGUGGGGUAUGCUCUGCCCUUGGCAGCCCCCCUGAGGGAGCUGGCUGGUGCCCCUCUCUGCUGCAGCCCUCUUUGUGCUCUCUGCCCCCAGUUUGGAGGAACCUGUGAGCAAAGCCUAACCCAGGCCACCGGUCUCAGUAGGGAGCAGUGCCAGCUGUGACUCCUGGAGGCUUGCGCCCUGGGAGUGGCAGGCAGAGGCUCCUUCCUCUGUGUGUCAGCCGGGGUGCGGCCCCAGGACAAUCUCUCUGCAGCUCAGAGCCUCGGGAGGACAGACGUGUGCGGCUGCUCAUCUGCCGGUUCCCCUGGUCUUGUCCGACUCCGCAGACACUGCAGCCAUGGGAACCCUCGAGGGACACUUGCUGCCAGCCGUCUUCCUCCUGCUGUAUGCACUCUACUACUCAGUGCUACUGUCCCUGGCCCUGCUGUGGGGACGGAAGGUGGUCAAGCCGCCUCUGCCCCCGAGGGAGAAGCGAGGAGGACACAGCCCAUGGCAGUGGGUACCCCUGGAAGGAAUAGUGAAAGUGGUUCUCACUCUCAUCGGUAUCUUGGGUGAGCUCUUCUACCCCCCAGGGGUAAACCGGACCAGGCUGGUGGACUGGGAGGCUCCUGAGCAGCCAUUUUUGUUCAAGGAGAGCUGGCAGCACUUUACCAUGUAUUCCUUCUUCAUGCUCAGUGGGGUGGUGGACAUUGUGAGCCAGAGCUGUCUGGCCCGGCAGAACGUGAAGCUGGAGCGGGCGGCAGAGGCCCUGGCCUUCUAUGUGGUGGUGCUGCUGAUGGCUACCCACAUCGAGAACAGGGGCGCUCUGGAGGUCCGAGUGCACGUCCUGCUCCUGGUGCCCACCUUCCUGGUAGCCCUGGUGCUCAACAUCGAGGUCUGGGUCCCUGACCAGCCCCCACUCUGGGUGCUCAAGACCUGGAUGCUGCUGGUGCUGAGCAGCUGGCUGCUACAGCUGUGUGUGGUGCUGUACACUCCUCCCUCUGGACAGCCCUGGCGGGCAGAAAAACCCGAGGACAUGGCCUUCCUCAUCACCUUCUUCUCCUGGCACCUGGGCCUGAUGGCCAUCCUGCUGGCCGCUGUCUAUGGGCUCUGCAGCCUCUGGCUUCGACACUGCUCUUCCCGCAUGGGAUCCCCAGGGGCCAAGUAUGGCAUGUGCCCCACCGAAUCCAGCAGGGAAGAGCUCCAGAGGCUCUGGGCAGAGAACGAGCUGCAGCAUGCAGGUGUCUAGGUGCACAGACUUCUUUGUGCUCUGUCUUUUGCUGUGAGUUUCAAGGGUCCUGCUGCUGCUGCAGAGUGGCACUGAAGUGUCCUGGCACCUGGCAGUGACUUUGUGCCUGGCACUCCCAAAUAAACCUUCCAGCUCCAAGGGUGCCUUUUGUUUAUUGCUCUG